AUGUCCUUCUUGGUGAAUCCGUCCACAGAAGAAGAAGAGGAAGACAAUCUGACCGAAGAUGAACCCAACGCUACUACAAUAUCCGUAGACGACAAAAAUCAAACAUUCAAUUUGGCUGCCCUAAACCAAUUUUGGCCCAAAGCAAUCGAGGAAAUCAGAAAGAUUGGAACAUUAGACUUAUUAAAACCACAAGCAUUACCACUAACUAGAAUAAAAAAAGUGAUGAAAUUAGAUGACAAUGUAAAAAUGGUCAGUGCAGAGGCUCCAAUGUUGUUCUCAAAAGCUGUGGAAAUAUUUAUCAAUGAAUUGACUCUUUGGGCUUGGACUCAUACCGAACACAACCGUCGAUCGACGCUACAAAGAAAUGAUGUUGCUAUGGCGAUCACCAAGUAUGACCAAUUUCAUUUUCUUAUUGACAUAGUGCCUAGAGAAGAAGCAAAAAUUGUUCCAAAACAAGUUAAGACUUCGCUGAAUCCCGAACAAAUUCCAAAUAAUACAUCAAAUAUUACAAGUACUUCAACCACUGUAACAGGAAGUCAGCCACAAGUUAUACAGUUACAAGGCAAUACUCAGGCAUUAAAUACAAACUCAAAUAGCGUACUUCAAUUAAUACAACAGGUUAUUACUCCAACCGGAGAAAUUCAACAUAUACCUUUACAAAUUAACUUCCAUCAACUGCAAAUGCUUCAUAUGCAAAUUCAAAAUUAUCCUCAAUUUCAACAAGUUCAAGUGGUUCAGUCUCAACCUCAAAUCAUACAAGUGGCCUCACAAGCCAAUGAACCUACGCCAGUAUACAUAUCUCAACCAACUAUUAAUCCAUCGUCAAGUCCAGAAUAA